UUUUGAUGGUCGAAUUUGACUUUGUAAACCCGAUUUCAAGGUUUUGUGUGGUUGAAUUAAGGUAUGUAUCUCCUUUUAUUUUAAUUUUGAUUUUAUUUUGUUGUUGUUUUUUCGGAUUAUGGUGGCGGCAGGUGUUGGUGGGUGGCGACAUUUGGAGUUCGGAUUUUGGGUUAGGGGUGGCGAGGUGGUUAGUAGAUCUAGGUUGUAUUGUUCGAAUUUUUUGGAUGUUUUGUUUUUAUUUUUUUUCGGUUUGGGUGGGUCUGGUGAGGGUUUGGGUUGAUAGUGUGAUGUGGGUGCUGGUGGUGUGUGGUGACGGCUGGUGGUGGUUUACGGGUUUUGGUGGGUGUUGAGGUGGUUUAGUGUGUUUACGGGUUAGGUGGGCUGGUAGGGGUUAGUGUGUUUAUGGGUUUUGGUUUUGGUGGUCGGGUUCUAGGUGGCGUUGGGCGUCUGAUGGGGUGGUGGUACGGGUUAGGUUGGCUGGUAGGGGUGGUGUGGGGCGUUUUUUUUUUUUUUUUUUUUUUAAAAGCAUUUUCCGAAGGACUUUUCCGGGCCGGAAUAUCUCUUCCGAUGCAUGAUUUCCGUUGGAAAUUCCGUCGAAGAAGUGUUUCCGAUGGAAAUUCCGUCGAAAAAGGUUGUUUUUCCUACAAAUAGCUUUCCGACAACCGAUUCCGACGGAAUUUCCGUCGGAAAAAUGGCCUAUUUUUCAGUAGUGAUUUCCAAUAGUCAAUUCCUUCAACUGCGUUAGCCAGUUUUACUAAUCACCCAAAAAUAUGACACCAUUAAUGAGCACAGCUAAUGAGUUCUUAAAUUCAUUCUAUUAUACAAAAAUUAAAAUUUAAUGUAAGUCAGAGGUUAGGCCAUUUCAGUGACUCAGUGAGUGGGUUCUACCAUACUAAAAGUCACCCCAUCUUCUACACUUCUUUUGCGCCACUUCUCACACUCUCAAACUACAACCUCCCACUCUCUCUCUACAUUUUAGAGAGAGAAAGAGAUCUACUAAAUAAUUUCACUGUAAAUUGGGAAAAUUUCCCAAAAAAGAAAAAAUACCCACAAAAAUAUACUUAAAAAAAACCAAGAAAUGGGAGAAAACAGAGCACUCUGUUUUUCAAGUUUAGUAGUGUUUCUCGUUCUUCUUGUAAAUGGCAUCAAUGGUGAAAACCCAUAUCGAAUGUAUGACUGGAAGGUUACUUAUGGCUAUGUUUAUCCCUUGGGUGUCAAACAACAAGUGAUUUUGAUCAAUGGACAGUUUCCAGGGCCACAAAUUGACUGUGUGACCAAUGACAACUUGAUUAUAAGUGUUCAUAAUUACUUGAAUGAACCAUUCCUUCUUUCAUGGAAUGGGUUGCAACAAAGGAGGAACUCAUUUGAAGAUGGUAUGCCAGGGACAACUUGUCCAAUACCACCUAGAAGGAACUUCACAUACAUCCUCCAAGCCAAAGAUCAAAUUGGGAGCUUCUACUAUUUCCCUUCUAUCGGUCUUCAUAAGGCUUCUGGUGGGUUUGGUGCCAUCAGAAUCUAUAGUCGUCCUCGAAUUCCAGUCCCUUUCCCUCCUCCUGCUGGAGACUUCACCGUUCUUGCAGGGGAUUGGUACAAAAAAAGCCACAGGCAAUUGGGAAGAAUGUUAGAAAGGGGUCGCAACAUCCAUAUGCCUGAUGGUCUUCUUAUCAAUGGCCGAGGAUGGAAUGGUUAUACUUUCACAGUUGAACAAGGGAGAACUUACCGGUUUAGGAUAUCGAAUGUUGGGACUGCAACAUCCAUCAACUUCAGAAUCGCAGGCCACAAGCUUAAGCUUGUAGAGGUUGAAGGGACACAUACCAUGCAGACCAGCUACACUUCCCUUGACAUUCACUUAGGGCAAUCUUACUCAGUACUAGUGACAGCUGAUCAGCCUCCUGUUGAUUAUUACGUUGUUGUCUCUUCGCGCUUCACUAAACCUGUUCUCACCACCACAGCCGUCCUUCACUAUAGAAACUCUUGGAAGAAAGUCUCUGGCCCUCUCCCUCCCGGCCCCACCACACAAAUUGGUUGGUCUCUCAACCAGGCCCAUUCUAUCAGGAUGAAUCUGAGUGCAAGUGGCCCUAGACCGAACCCACAGGGAUCCUACCAUUAUGGUCUGAUCAAAUUACAACGAACCAUCGUGUUUGCAAACUCUGCUGCAUAUAUUAACCAAAGGCAGAGGUAUGCUAUCAACAGCGUGUCAUACGUGCAGGCAGAUACACCCCUAAAAUUGGCAGACUACUUCAACAUCCCUGGCGUGUACUCCCCUAAUAGUGUGCCUAGUUACCCUACAUGGCGCCCUGCAUACCUUAAGACCGGGGUGUUGCAGACUGAUUACAGGACGUUUAUUGAAAUUGUGUUCCAGAACGAGGAAGAUUCAGUUCAAUCUUACCACAUUGAUGGUUACGCUUUCUUUGUUGUCGGGAUGGAUGGGGGACAAUGGACUCCUAGGAGCAGAGCCAGCUAUAACUUGAGAGAUGCAGUUACUCGUUCCACCGUUCAGGUGUAUCCAAAGGCAUGGACCGCCAUAUAUGUGUCAUUGGACAAUGUAGGAAUGUGGAACAUAAGAUCAGAGAAUUGGGUAAGGCAAUAUUUGGGACAACAGCUCUACAUGAGGGUUUGGACUCCCUCUCGUUCGUGGAGAGACGAAUAUCCUAUUCCUAAGAAUGCACUCCUCUGUGGUAGGGCUAGAGGGCGUCAUACACGUCCUAUAUAAGUUUUUUAUUUUAGGCAAGUCGAGUCCUCGCUCAACUUCCUACCUCAGGAAAAUGAGAGGGAGACUGAGAGAGUAAGGAGUCUAGAAAAGGGGGACGAGGGUUCAAACCUAAGAGCCACUCUCGGAAAUUCGAGUAGUGCUCGAACUGAGCCACACAACACACUCUUUCUAAAGCAAUACAGAGUAUUAGUGUAUGAUUUAUUUUAAAGGGUCACGAGAGGGUGACAUAGUUUAUUAAUUAUAUUCGAGCUUAUGUAACAAUAUUGCCAUGACAUUACGAGAAAAACUUUGUUUUAGGGGGAGGAGAUUGAAUUAGUAGGUUGUGAAAUUAGGAAUUGUUGUAUCAUGUUUCAUCUCCCAAGUGUAUUGCAAAAAUGUAAUUCUAGUUCCAUUGUUUUAGUUCAUUUUCGGGAAUAAAUUUGAAUUCAUUGAUCA